AUGAAGAUGGCAGUUGGCAUGCUCUGGCUUCUGGCCAUCUGGGGACUCCCCCGGGCCUGGGGCUCUUGCCCCUCACAAUGCAGCUGCAGCCUCCGUAUGCUGGGUGACGGCGGAAGGACCAGGACGGUGGUAUGCAAUGACCCCGACAUGACACUGCCUCCAGCCUCCAUCCCUCCAGACACUUGCCAACUUCGACUGGAGCGAACCGCCAUCCACAGGGUCCCUGGGGAGGCCUUCAGCCUACUGGCUCACCUGGAGCAGUUGUGGCUGCCUUACAAUGCCCUCAGUGACCUCAGCACCCACAUGCUGCGUGGUCUGCUGCACUUGCGUGAGCUGCGGCUCCCAGGGAACCGUCUGGUGACCUUCCCAUGGGCAGCCCUCAGGGAUGCACCCCAACUGCGGCUACUGGACCUGCAGGCCAAUCGUCUCUCUGCUGUGCCGAUGGAGGCCACCCGCUUCCUAGGGAACCUCACCUUCCUGGACCUCUCUAGCAACCAGCUGAUGAGGCUCCCGAAGGAGCUGCUGGCCACCUGGGCCCACCUGCAGGUGGGACCCUUCCUGCCUGGUCAGCGAGCGAGGCUGGUCUUAGGGCUUCAGGACAACCCCUGGGUGUGUGACUGCCGGCUGUAUGACCUGGUCCGAUUCCUGGAUGCGUGGGCCCCACACCUGGCAUUUAUUGAGGUCAGGCUGUGGUGUGCCAGCCCACGAAGCCUGGCUGGGGUGGCCUUCCAUCAGUUGGAACUGAGGAGGUGCCAGAGCCCCGAGGUCCACCCGAGUGUGGCCAGCCUCCAGUCCCCUGUGGGCAGCACAGCACUACUACGUUGUGGAGCCACUGGGGUCCCUGGGCCUGAGAUGAGUUGGCGGAGAGCCAAUGGGCACCCGCUCAAUGGCACAGUGCACCAGGAAGUCUCCCGGGAUGGCACGAGCUGGGCUCUGCUGGGCCUGCCGGCAGUGUCCUACCAAGAUUCUGGAGACUACAUCUGCCAGGCCAAGAACUUCCUGGGUGCCUCUGAGAUGCACAUGUCCUUGACUGUUACCGCGGCGCAGGCGUUCACCAAGCAGAGUGGAGGUCCCGAGGUCCCGCGGGCCAGGGUAGAGGAGGGGGCAGAAGCGGUGGCGUACAACAAGCAGCUGGCGGCCAGGCAUGCCCUCCAUGCUCCCAAGUCUGCUGCCCUGGCUCCCUGGACCUUUGCACCCAACGACGAGGAGGAGCAAGCCCUUCGGCGCUUGCCAAUGGGUGGCCCUGGGGAGCACUCUGGCAGCGGGUCAGCAGGGCGCCAGGAAGAGCGGAUGGUUCGGUCCCUCAAGGUCAUAGGGGACACGUACCACAGCGUGUCCUUGGUGUGGAAGACCCCCGAGCUGGGGCGCACCACGACCUUCAGUGUUCUGUACGCGGUCUUCGGGCAGCGCGACAUGCUGCGGAUGGCCGUGCAGCCGGGCGAGACCCGCGUCACCCUCGAUGGGCUGGCGCCCCAGACCAAGUACGUGGCGUGCGUGUGCGCGCGGGGCCUGGCGCCGCGCAAGGAGCACUGCGUCAUCUUCAGCACCGACGAGGUGGCGGACACUGAGAGCACGCAGCGGCUCAUCAACGUGGUGGUGGGCAGUGUGGCCGCUGUCAUCGCGCUGCCGCUCACGCUGCUAGUCUGCGGCAGAGCCCUGCGCAGGCGCUGCCGCAGAGGGGGCUCCCCGCGUCCCGGGGUGCCUGCGGUCGCCUACGGCAUCCUCGGCAGGCCCGGUUGCAGCGAGGAUGGCUCCGAGCACCGGUCUCGGCACAGCCUGGGCGAGGCCGAACGGCUCCUCUCGUCCACGUCCAGCCUGGACUCUCAGGCCUUGGGGAGCAGGCGUAUCCAUGAGUACUAUUGCUGA